AGGUCCCUGGUGCCAGAGCCGUCGCAGCAUCCUCUUGUUUGCGUGUCCUCGCUGCUCUCCUCCAGCUGUUUUUCCUGCUCCUCGGCCGGCGCGAUGGCGAAGCCGCUGACGGACAGCGAGAAGCGGAAGCAGAUCAGCGUACGCGGGAUCGCGGGGCUGGGCGACGUGGCCGAGGUGCGGAAGAGCUUCAACCGGCACCUGCACUUCACGCUGGUCAAGGACCGCAACGUGGCCACGCCCCGCGACUACUUCUUCGCUCUGGCGCACACGGUGCGCGACCACCUCGUGGGCCGCUGGAUCCGCACGCAGCAGCACUACUACGAGCGCGACCCCAAGCGCAUCUAUUAUCUUUCCCUGGAAUUCUACAUGGGCCGUACACUGCAGAACACGAUGGUGAACCUGGGCCUUCAGAAUGCUUGUGAUGAAGCCAUCUAUCAGUUGGGGUUGGACUUGGAAGAACUGGAGGAAAUAGAAGAGGAUGCUGGCCUUGGGAACGGAGGCUUGGGGAGGCUGGCAGCCUGCUUCCUUGACUCAAUGGCCACCUUAGGCCUGGCAGCAUACGGCUAUGGAAUCCGCUAUGAGUUUGGGAUUUUUAACCAGAAGAUUGUCAACGGCUGGCAGGUGGAGGAGGCUGAUGACUGGCUGCGCUACGGCAACCCCUGGGAGAAAGCCCGGCCCGAGUACAUGCUUCCUGUGCACUUCUACGGGAGAGUGGAGCACACCCCGGAGGGCGUGAGGUGGCUGGACACGCAGGUGGUGCUGGCCAUGCCCUACGAUACGCCAGUGCCGGGCUACAAGAACAACACUGUCAAUACCAUGAGGCUGUGGUCCGCCAAGGCGCCCAACGACUUCAAGCUCCACGACUUUAACGUGGGCGGCUACAUCGAGGCGGUCCUGGACAGGAACCUGGCCGAGAACAUCUCCAGAGUCCUGUAUCCAAAUGACAAUUUCUUUGAGGGGAAGGAGCUCCGCCUGAAGCAGGAGUACUUUGUGGUGGCUGCCACCCUCCAGGACAUCAUCCGCCGCUUCAAGUCCUCCAAGUUCGGCUGCCGGGACCCCGUGAGAACCUGUUUCGAGACAUUCCCAGACAAGGUUGCCAUCCAGCUGAAUGACACCCACCCGGCCCUCGCCAUCCCUGAGCUCAUGCGGAUCCUGGUGGACGUGGAGAAAGUGGACUGGGACAAGGCCUGGGAAGUCACAAAGAAGACCUGUGCGUACACCAACCACACCGUGCUCCCGGAGGCCCUGGAGCGCUGGCCUGUGUCCAUGUUUGAGCAGCUGCUGCCACGGCACCUGGAGAUCAUCUACGCCAUCAACCAGAGGCACCUGGACCACGUGGCUGCCCUGUUCCCUGGGGAUGUGGCCCGCCUGCGGAGAAUGUCUGUCAUCGAGGAAGGGGACUGCAAGCGGAUUAACAUGGCCCACCUGUGUGUGAUCGGCACCCACGCUGUCAACGGCGUGGCGAGGAUCCACUCGGAGAUCGUGAAGCAGUCAGUCUUUAAGGAUUUUUAUGAGCUGGAGCCAGAGAAGUUCCAGAAUAAGACGAACGGCAUCACGCCCCGGCGGUGGCUGCUCCUGUGUAACCCAGGGCUGGCUGACACCAUCGUGGAGAAAAUCGGGGAAGGUUUCCUGACUGACCUGAGCCAACUGAAGAAACUGCUGCCAUUGGUCAGUGAUGAGGCGCUCAUCAGGGAUGUGGCCAAGGUCAAGCAGGAAAACAAGUUGAAGUUCUCUGCCUUCCUGGAGAAGGAAUACAAGGUGAAAAUCAACCCCUCCUCCAUGUUCGACGUGCACGUGAAGAGGAUCCACGAGUAUAAGCGGCAGCUGCUAAACUGCCUGCACAUUGUCACACUGUACAACCGAAUAAAGAAGGACCCGGCCAAGGCCUUCGUGCCCAGGACUGUCGUGAUUGGGGGCAAGGCAGCCCCUGGUUACCACAUGGCUAAGAUGAUCAUCAAGCUGGUCACGUCCAUCGGCGAUGUCAUCAACCACGAUCCAGUUGUGGGUGACAGGCUCAAAGUCAUCUUCCUGGAGAACUACCGUGUGUCCUUGGCUGAGAAAGUGAUCCCCGCUGCAGACCUGUCCCAGCAGAUCUCCACUGCAGGCACUGAGGCCUCAGGCACGGGCAACAUGAAGUUCAUGCUCAAUGGGGCCCUCACUAUCGGUACCAUGGACGGUGCCAAUGUGGAGAUGGCCGAGGAAGCUGGAGCCGAGAACCUCUUCAUUUUUGGCCUGCGGGUAGAGGAUGUCGAGGCCCUGGACCAGAAAGGGUACAACGCCAGAGAGUUCUAUGACCGUCUGCCCGAGUUGAGGCAGGCUGUGGACCAGAUCAGCAGUGGCUUCUUCUCCCCCAAGGAGCCAGACUGCUUCAAGGAUGUUGUCCACAUGCUGCUGAACCAUGACAGGUUCAAAGUGUUUGCAGAUUAUGAAGCGUACAUGGCAUGCCAGGCCCAGGUGGACCAGCUGUACCGGAACCCGAAGGAGUGGACCAAGAAGGUCAUCAGGAACAUUGCCUGCUCGGGCAAGUUCUCCAGUGACCGGACCAUCACGGAGUACGCACGGGACAUCUGGGGUGUGGAGCCCUCUGACCUGCAGAUCCCGCCCCCCAACCUCCCCAGGGACUAGGUGCCCCGGCACCGUUGGGACCAGCAGGCUUGUUUUCUUGUUGACUCUGCACCUCAUGCCAGUUUUCAAGCACUUUGCCAGCAGCCAGUGGUCCCUGCUUUUUCAUUGCUAUUUCCAUGAGGGCCUUGGGGAUUAUGGUGGUGGCCUCGAGGGGGGCGGGCAAGGAAGGAAAGGUGCCGAGAGUGAGGUGCUCCCCGGCUUCCUGCAGGAAAGCAGGGCUCGCAGCACUGACCAUGGCAGCUAGCCCCAUCACUUCAGUCCCCCACGCACGCUUCUUGGAGCCCCUGCACGCGCCUUGCUGUGAGCUUGUUAUUGGUUUUGAGCCUGUGGACUCUGAGGUCUGGGCAGGUGGCCUUAGUGAAGCCUGGGGAAGUGUUUAUUUCUGUAGCCCUGGUCUGGCUGGCCAGUGUGGCCCAGUCCUCCUUGGCCUGGUUCUGAGUGGGUCCAGUGCUCCAGGCCAUGUCUUUACAGCUGUUGUGUGGGUGCCCUGGCACAGUUUCCAGAUUGAUCAGAUAAAGAGGCCCCAGGAUGACUGAGGGUGACACUGGGGAGGGCAUCUAGGGGCCUUGAUUAGGACAGGCUGGCUGAUGCGGAGCUGGCUUGGUUUUACAUUUUCAAAAGAAAAUUAACUUCACAAGGAAAUGAAGCUAGCUGAAGCUUUUUAUUUUUUAGCAACUAAAAACUGUCCUUCUGAAGUUUCACGCUGUGGGAGGUGAUGCUGGGAUGUUUUUGCCGGGCCCUGGAGGCCCCUAGUGGGGUCACUGCCUCUGCUGGGGGAGGCUGAUGCCCAGCCCCUGCUGCAGAUCUGUGCCUCCCCCCACCCAACCCCCCACCACCCUGCAGUGUGCCAGAGGGUGUGUUUCCUGUCUUGUAACAAGGCUGGCCUCCCUGGUCUGGAAAAGGACCGAGCAGGUCCUGAGGGGAGCCCACUUUGCAUCUUCUUAGACAGCAGGCUGGUGCUGGAAGGGCGGGGGAGCCCCUCUCAGCUGCCCAGAGCACCAGGAGCAGGUGACGCCCUUUCCCGUGGGGUUGCUGGAGACACAGGGCGGAAGCACCCUUGCAGAGCCUCUGCCUCCUUCAUGCUGGACCUGGGCGGCACGGGAGCUCUGCCCUCAUCCUGGCUCCUGAUUGCUCACGGAACCAGGCCGUGGAGGAUCUGCUCAUGGGCCCGCUUCACCCUAGCCAUUGGGGGCUGUGGUUGCCCCCCCAAUACCCUCCACUGUCCCAUCCCUUAGGCUGUAUGUGACCAUCACCAUGCCACUGGCUGUUGCUACCUUGUGAGAGAAGCCCAUUAAACCUGCCCCUGCUUGGUUGA